GGCGUCGUCGCGACGACUUUUUGCCAUCCAGCGAGUGGCAUUUGCAAGCUACAGCGGCAUCGGGACGCACAUAUCGCUCGUCGGCGUAUCGCUGACGAGUCGUGCGGCAACACAGCACUUGCAAAGAGAGCCAUGCUCCUCCGCACGACCGCGAGGCUGGGCAGACGUGUCGCGGAGCAGACGCAUGCGUGGAAGCGCUUCUCGACGCCGGCGGCGGCACCCGACCUGCCGCCGCCCACUUCUUUGUCGAAGGCCCAGGCCCUGAGCUCGUCGCGCAUCGUGCUGGAUUUCGUGCGCCUCGGCGUCAGCGGGAGGAGGCUCGACGCGCUCGCCGCGGCGCCGGAGGCGCCGGUGGCGGACCGCUGGGUCCAGGCGAUGCAGGUGCUCGUCGGCGCCCAGGCGCACACCGCCGCGGCGUUCGGGUACGAGGCGUCGGAAAAGGGCAUCAUCAGCUAUAGGCACCACCUGGGUCUGGCGGCGCAGAGCGCGGGGCCCGAAGCUCUAGAGGAACUGAAAAGCUUGGACAAGGAGGUCUGGGAAGAGGUGCUACUCCGGGGCUUCGCGCUCAGCCCGAAGCCGAUGGCGCCGGAGGCCGCGCGCGAGUUCGCGGGCAAGGUCGCGGCGGCGGCCGCCGGCGACCUGGGGGACGCGCUGGCCGCCGACCUGGCGGCGGCGAAGGGCGACGCGCAAAAGGCGUCCGGCGCCGUGAUGCGGGCGCUCGCCGCGGUCCAGACCGAGCUCGCCCCAACAAUCGGCUACGACGGCGCCGACGGCUACGUCCAGCUCCAGGUCGCGCUCAUGGAGCACCUGGCCGACCCGGCCGUCGCGCACGCGACGCAGGCGGCGACGCACGCGCUAUGCGCGCGCGCAGGCAUCACGCCGCCCACUUCGCCGCCCCAGUAGUGUGUGAUAAA